AUGAUUAUUUUAGGUGUGAUUGGAGCUCUUUUAACCAACAUUGUAUUCGCAUGGCAAAGAGCGUUUCAACGCAAUCCAGCGACCAUCUAUCUCCUAGCUGGUGGAAUUAUGACAGCAAUACAUUUACCCACGAUUUAUCUACAAAGUAUUCUUGUCGAUGGUUUUGACAUAGGAAUAUUUAACACGAAUGAAAUCGCGUGUCGCGAACAUAAUUAUUUACUUUACGUCACAACAAUACCGACAAUUUCAUUUCCGUGCUUUGCGCCAUUCGAUCGAUAUGCAAGCACGCGUUUUUACACAAUUAGUCCGUUAACCUUCAUUGUCGUGUUCACUUGGAAAACGGUGGAAAAUCUUCGUUCAACCUUUAUCACCAAUCAAUACAGUAAAUCUACUAAACGAAUCCGUCAUAUGCUCACUCCUCAAUUAAUCGUUCUUGCUAUUUCGGGAAUUCCAUUUGGUUUACAAAGUGUUUAUUUCAGUCUCACAAGCGAUAUUCCCAAAGACGAUCAACGACAAGCAAUCGAACAUUUAUUCGUGCAAACUAAUCGUUUGUCCGUUUUAUAUUUAUUUCUACAUGUUAAGCGAAGUUAG